AUGGCAGACGAGCGGCGAAUAUCGCUGGAGCUUUUCUCCCUAGUGAAGCCCACUUGUGUGGAACUCUCACAAGUUUCUUCCCUACCUCCCGCUGAUCUCAAUGAAAAGUCCCCAUUACUCAUUCAGCACCUCCAGACGCUAUGUAAUCAACUCGAUCAGCACAAAAACCGUUAUGAUAAGCACGAAUACGUCCUAUCGUCGAAGAUCGCCGACUAUAUUUUCUUUCCUUUGACAAAUAUGUUGAAACAACCCACUUUAGAUCCAGAUGCAACGAAGCAUGUUCUCCAUAUCAUUGCGUUUCUCUUAGAGAAUUCCUGGAUGCACCAGAUCAAUGAAGCCUUACUAGACCAAUUGUCACCAAUAAUCGUGUUUCUAUGUCGUGGUACAAGCCUGGAGCCAGAUAAAGCUCUGGUCUCGACCCUAAGUCUUCAGUUCAAACAGGAGGUCGUUCUUUGUCUCAAUAGUCUCGUUCACUGCUUCCCGAGAACUUACUACACUGGAGACACGCAAAGAAGAUUAAGCAUACUAGGGGACAUAACUACCAUCCUUCUUGAUAUUCUUGGCAACAUACCGCAACCACUUGAUCAAGAAAAGAACGAAUUGGCUGACAAUGUUAUUACUUGUCUUACAUGGCUAUACUCUGUCCGAGUGACCUCUGAACAAACGUCUUUCGUUUUUCCUGGAGUUAUUUCGAAGAUGGUGAACUUUGUGGUUACUUCCAAAAACUUGCAUGCUAAUACAUUACAAACAGUGUUUCAGCUACUACAGACUUUCAUUAUUAAGGUAUUUUCUGAUUCCUCCUUGGAUGCAAGUGUUUUGGACCUGUCGCCGAAUAUCGCUGAUUUAAGCUCGCUCAAAGCGCUUUAUGAUGAGAAGCCGGAUAACACCGAUAGUGCUAAUUCGGAGCAGCUUGUUUCCAUCAAAAUCAGCACUCCAGAGAGUAGCCACAGGACAAAAUCAUGGCUUUCAGCUACCUCAAGGCAGCUCAAAAUUGCAUUAAUAACAUUGUUUCGACACAUCCUCAUUAAAAGAGGAGGUAUUCGAGACAAGAUUGUGUCCCACGAAAAGCUACAAGAUGCUUUAUUCCUCUUUAUCAAAGAGAUCAAUGCGCAAUGCUCGCAGUCUCUUUUCGCCAAUAUUAUCAUAACAAGCAUUGAUUUCACUUCAUUGCUCAUCCAUUGCAUUUCCAAAAACCACGAUACUAAUGAAAUACUACUUCGCAAGGGUACUGAACUCUUCAUCGUGGGUAGCGCAUCCUAUUUAACUCUUUUGCACAAGGUUUUGACUCAGAAAACAGAUGAUCUCAUCUCCAGUCAGUUAGAUCGUAUCCUUUUAUCAGCUGAUGAUGACAAAAUUGGACUCACUCUUGUUAGCAUUCAGCUCCAUCUACAGUUGUUGGAUCGGCUAAGUGCUCGCAUUGGUAUCACCUCUUCUGGGAGUGAACCUCGUCUCAGGGCUGUGCAAAAGUUAUACCAAGGUAUUCUCAGCAAGGAACGCCUGUUGGAGUUCUCCACAGAUGGCAAAAGACGUACUGCUUCUGGGAUUAACGGGCCAGCAGACACCAUCGGUGACGUAUCCGAAGAACUGCAAAACACAUUGGACUCUGUCGUUCUUCCUCUGCAUAUCAAUGCUAGAAGUGUGAAGAAGUUCCUGGCCCCAAACACAGCACCCUUACAAAAUAGAGAAACGAAUUUAGCCUUGCUAUUACGCACUUCGGUCUCGAUGAACAAAAUGGAGGAUGCGGCAGAGAUCAGAAGCUUCUCGUCCUCCUUCACUACUUCCGUUUAUGAUGCUUUCCAAAACUUCGUCAAUUUCAUCGGGGCUUCAUCGGAAGACAUAACAAGUCUCAUUGAUAAUUUACUGUUGGAAGACGAUGGUCUGAUAAAGAGUAAGGGUGUAUUUCUAUGGUUGUCCAAUCACCUUCUUAUGUCUUCGAGGGCCAAGCGUGAGGCAGCGGAUAUAAGCGAUUUUAUUACUUUUUCGGACGAUCUUGAGAAUAAUAGUGAAGAAGAGGAAGCUGGAUACUUGAUUCUCGACUACGCUAGAACAAUCUUUGAUGAAGCCCUCGAUGCUCGCAAACAAUGGUUAACUCCAGACAUCAAAGGUCAUCAAGGUAGUGACGAAAUGAGCUAUGCGAUUGCUCUUCAAUCCCUCGGGUCUCUUUCAAAAGUAUUAAGCAAGCGUGACUUUGAAAGUGAUGUAUUGAUGGACAAUCUAUACCUUUUACUUGAAGCAAUGACUCAAGGUCCCAACUCGAUUGUUCAUCAUCUGGCAAAGAAGGCUUUAUUCAGCAUCACUAAGGAGUACUAUGAGGGAAGCCUACAAAAACUAAUUGAAGCAAAUUCAGAUUACUUGAUUGACUCCUUGAGUCUCAAGCUCUCUGUAAUGAGUGAUUUAACACCUUCACUUCCUGGGAUCAUGUUGCUCGUACUCAAAAUUUCUGGUGCCGACUUGGUCAAAUCAAACCAACUUACAGAUAUCCUAAGCGAGGUCUUCCUAGCGAUCGAUUCUUUCCACGGCUACUCUGUUUUGGUCGAGAAUUUCUUUCUUGUGUUCCAAGAGGUCAUCGCUUUGAUUAAGAAAAUGUAUUCGAAAGAGUUGCUUGAUCACAAUAAGUUGAAAUCAAGUACAGAAGUAUCGCCUUUUAAGCCCUGGGGAAUGAGGUCAAGAAACCAAUUUGUUGAAAUCAUCGACGAAAAAAAUAGACAAGCAGAUCCUUUCUCGGAUUACGACCCGGAAAAAGAAUACUUCAAGAGGAAGCCUGGGGUACCGUUCGGUGAUCAAGAUUCCGAUGAUGACAGCGACGACGACCAGUCCAAUACACCCACAAAGGACGAAGACAAACCCUGGCCUUCACCAAUUCCCAAAGAGACAUACAACCUUGUUCUUCAGAUCUUUAAAUAUGGUCUACAGUUACUCACUCAUCCGUCUAUAAAGCUUCGGCUUACUAUAUUCGAAACGCUUAAAGAUGCGUAUAUAAUGGUGGCCUCUAAUUAUGACCAACUAAUGCCAGUCAUGGCCGAAUUCUGGCCCAUUAUUAUGGCCAAGCUUUCUGGUACUAGCACUAUUUCGGAUUGGGAACAUCGCGACGCAGAAUUUAGACAGCUUAUGGAGCCUGCAAUAGAGUUUGCCAAUGUGGUAUUUGAAGAGGAUUCAAAACACGGGUCUUUUAUGAGCAGGAGAUUCCUCGACACUUGGGAGUUCCUCUCCAAAAAAGGCCCUUUCUUUCAGACUAAGGCUGACACUGGCAAAUCAAAAGCCGUUAUUUCGACAUCUGUGGCCCCAUCGGUACGGCUUGCAUAUGUGAAGCUUUUUGUCACAGCACUCAACAACUAUGAACGCCAGAUACCGCAUCAAACAGCAAUUGAGAUUGCCAGAGUGUUUUAA